GGCCGUGAAAGAGGGAGCAGAUGAGCCAGAGGGAGUGAGAGGCAGAGUGGGAGUGUGGGAUUGUGUUUCUUUUGAUUGAUUGCAGCCCCAUGACUAACGCAUAGAUUUAUAAUAAUUUUCCUUAGCAAUGCCCAAUUAUGCCUGUCUGAUAAAUUACGAUCUCUGUUGUUUGGUGUGCGCAUUAUUCUCUUCUCUUUGUCUUAAGACGGUUUGGAAAGGGUCUCAAGGGUUGAGCUUGCACUUCGUUCACCAGUUUUUUGACAAUACCCCACAUACCAUUUUAAAAUGUUCUUGUUACUCAGUGUACCAUAUCAACAUUAAGUCAUUAAUUUAAUUUAAGUUUAAUUGUGAAACCACAUCAAAAUUAAAACAUUGAAUGCUGCCAUUGUUAUAAAAAUAUCAAAUUUCUGAGUUUAAAUAAAUACACAGGCAUGGGGUGCUUUAAUAAGACAGGGGGCACAGUUGCAAGUGUCUGUGAAAGAAGUGAUUUGGCACGCAGAUGAGAGUGCACUUUUCCAACAGACUCUCUCUCACUCAUUGCUAGUGUGUCAUUUGUUAAGCUACUUAGGCUACCAUAUCUGAGGUUGCUGACCCCUGUGAUAAUAUAGUAUAUCAGUGGAGUAUCGUAAAACAUACCAUUAUCCACAAUAUAAGUGAGGAAUUCAUCAUCAUUUUUCAUUAUGUGGGUGCAAACAAGAGCUGAUAAAAUGUGUAUUUUAUUCCAAAGAGAGAGAACAUCCAGAGACAAUUUUCCUCUGUCUCCACCUGCCACGCUGUGAAAUGUGGCUGGCCUCUCAGAUUGGUGUUUUUAUGACAGACCAGGUAGUAUGCAGCGGCAGGACGGCCACUGCCUAGUGAGAAUGUCCUGCUUGAUAUUAGUGUCAUAAAUCACAGUGAACUUGAGAACAGAGGACUUAAAGGGCUUCAAGACUGAACUACAAAUCAAGAUAACAAACUCUGAUAAAUAACAGAUCCUGGGUGCAAAGGCUUCUCCAUUUGCACUCCAAACACAGUUCUUGAAGGUUAAAAGCAGUUUAUUGAAUAUGUUUGUCUAAAAUGCACAGAAGUGUUUAAAGAUUCCCGAAGAAAGACAUAAUUUCUUUUACAUAUUUAUGUCCAGCAAGCAGGAGUUUCAUCCAAUAACUCAUUGAUCAGCCUGUGUUUGCUGAAUACAUAACAACUGAUUCAGACACCAGAGCUUCAAGUUUGUGAUUUAUCAGCACAAAUAAUAGUGUCUGUCACCCUACGCUCAGCUUUCUGCCUGUCACUCCCCUCGGCUGUGUGCCUUUUAUUGUAACUGCAUUCAAUUCAAGCUUUUCUCUUUAAAGUGUCUGUUUCUGAGAUGUCUAAAUUGAAUCCCUGACGUACAGCCACAACAGCCGGAGCAGCAUUCUCAAAACAAUUUGACACUCUGUAACAUUAUUUCAGAAGUAUUGAAGGAAUUUGGUUUUUGGCAUUAAGUGAAUUUACACCCUAGAGUUGUUUUCAAAAUAUUUUACCUCCUUGUUGAACAGACAAAAUCCCUCUUUUACUGGGCCAGCAGCUUCAUUUGGAGCAGAAAGAGCCAUUCUUGGUGUAGUGUAUUUUGUAAUUGUGAAGCUAAGCAACCACGUACAGGUCUGUAUCAUGAUAGCUCUCGUUAUUAAAAGUUAUGUAAGAAAUUAGGAACGGAAGAUCACAUUUAUAGAUCAAUGUACAUGCACACUGCACUCUGUGUGGAGGUGUAUGAUGGAGUGGAGGUGUUAGUAGUUUUCUCUGCUUUGUGGGUGGGGGAAGAGCUGAGCUCUGAAUAGAGCCCUGAUUGGAUUGAUCCACGGCGCUCUUGUUUACAAGCGGCCUCUUCACAAUCGGCACAGUUUAAUAGCAUGCUGUCCCAGAAGGGUUGUUGCAUCCGUGUCCGUUUUGUUCCUCGGGGCAGGGAAAACAAAAGUGCCGGGAAGGGAGAAGGGGAAAGCAACCUCAGGGGAACUGUGAAACGGCACUGGAGCCCUCUACCUCCGGGCUUCUUGCCAAGAUAACGUUUCUCCUCACCCAUUGAUACUUCUUUUAUAGGAAACCACAACACGGUCUAGAGUACUACCAGUCUUUAUAGGCCAAGAGCUACUCCGGUUUCACCUAGUCAACAUGAGAGUCAGUGACUUUGCAGAUGGCAGAAAUCACAAAUGAACCUAACACAGUCCCGCUGAGCUGUAAGUGGUCUAAUUUUAAUAUUAGGGCCUCCUCAAAGUAAAGCUGUUUUUUCUGCUGAAGAGAGCUGUGCCACUGUCUUCAUCACGUACUCCUACAAUAGGAUGCAGCUCACACAGGUCCCUCAAUAAAUCCCAGGCUGACACAAAAGCUGUCAGUGGACUGCUGCUGAAUAGAUUAAUAAGAUUUCCAUAAUUAGACAGGCCCCUGACAAUAGGAUCCUUCAGGCUUUGUCUCAGGGCCAACUGGUUUGUCCGAGCUGCGCACGUCUGCUGGACGGUCGUCCGCCACAAUGGCCACACAGACAGUAAGGCCGUCAGCAUAACAUCUGUCUCUCCUGGGGCCAAGAUCACACACACAUACACACACACACACACAAACACACACAUACACACACACACAGUGGGAAGUUUCAUGUGCAUACUCACAAGGAUCUUAUCAACCUCCUUGCAGCCACGUAAGGCCAUCAGUCAAUAGAAAAUCAGUCUCAUCACAUAUUUGUGUAUACUUAACUUGGUCACAACUGAUAACCAUAAAUUCAACAGCUCAGCUGAUAAAUAUAUUAAAUAAUCUUCCAUCCUCUGAUUGGAUCACAGAGCAACUUAUAUUGACAACAGCAACAAAAGCUUCCAAAAUAAUUUAAUGAGAAUAGGAUUCCCAUUUUCAAACAUACUAAUGUCCUUGUCCAGUCUUAAUAAAUGUGUGAGGUUUUUUUUCCAUAAUCCUCUAAUGUGAGUAAGAUGAAAGUAGACUGGGAUGCGGCAGGAAGGGGAAAUGUCACAGCAUUGGAGCUGGAAAAUGUAUCAAGUACAAAAAUGAUUUCCUGAAAUUCACAAAUUAUUUUAGCAAUGUGUUGUCUCAUAUGAAUGUUUUAUAGGAUAAAUACAAUCUAGCAUUGUAUUGCAACAUAUAUUGAAGUUUAUCUAAUGAUUGCAGUGCUACCCGCACUAUGUGCACAUUGUCCUGAUUCCCUACUUCUAAUCUUAGCUUUCUUUCCACCCCUCCAGUGAAUUAAUCUACACGAUGGCUCUGAUUUAAGCAGAAGUGUAGAUUAGAGUUUGCUCUGUUCAUUGUGGAGCGGUACUGCUCUAAAAACCACAAUCCAGCAGAAGGCAAGAUCUAAUUACAUGGAAACGGCUAAACUGCACUGCAACCCUGCUGUGUUUAUCCGAGGCCUGUUAAAGAUGCACUGGAACCCAGAGCAUGCCCAGCCUCUCAGCCAGUGGCCUGAGCAGCACCUGGACGUCUCCUCCACCACCUCCUCUCCGGCCCACAAGUCGGAAUUCUACGCUGGCCGUGGCCGCAGCUCCAGCAACUACGCCUGGGCCAAUGACGACAUCUCUGCUCUCACAGCCUCCAACCUGUUGAAGCGCUAUGCUGAGAAGUAUGCUGGUGUGCUGGACUCACCAUAUGACCGGCCACCUACUGUGGGCUCCUACCCAGAGCCAGGGGCGUUUGGGGGCCUCAACGUCCCAAAGACUGAGCUGGAGCCCUGGCCACUGUCGCACAGCACUGAUGCCUCCUAUUCCCUGGUGCCUCCUGGAGGCCAUGACAGCCUCUCAGGUUCCAAGGCUGUAGCCACAUCUGCAGGCCCUCCAGGGGUUGGUAGUGUGUCGGUGGUGAACAGUAACCUCUCAGACUCUGGUUACAGUGGCAGCAGCUCCUGCAGUGGCUCCAGCGAGUACCCAUCUAGCUACAAUGGCACCUAUCUUUCCUCAGGGUACUGUCCCCAAACCAGUGCAGCACUUCCCCCUGCCUCUCUCCACACUCUUCAAUCCACCCCCACUCUGGUGGCCAGCUAUAGCCCUACCACACCUGUCUAUAACUACCCCCCAAGCACAUACCCUCCACACAACAGCCUUGCCCCCACCUACAGCCACCCCUCUGCAACUUACCUGCCCUCAGGUCUACCAGCCCCUACUCCCGUUCCCUCGAGGCCCACAGUGGUAGGCGGCAGCUAUAGUUACCAGAGCACCAACCUUGGGACAUCGGAGUCUGGAGGGACAUUAAAACGAAAAGCAUUCGAGAUGAGUGUAGAAGAGGAUGAGAGCGGGGAUGGGUCUCGUUACAGGAAAUAUAGCUAUGACUCCUUGAAGGCUGGGGGAAACUCUCCUUACAGUGUGAAUGACAAAACAGAGUGCCGGGGAAACGGCUUCAGCGGUUCAGGCAGCACAGACCCUCAAACCUUCAAGCCCAGCAAGCCCUCCUCCCAGCCCCUGGUUUCUCCUCAGUAUGGGGCAGCAGGGGAGUACAGCCCUCCAGCAGGCAUGACAGGGGAGAAUGGUGUGGCGGAGCAGGGCUUCAUCCAACAGCAGCAGCAUCGCUCCCAGGCCCACAAGCGCUCUCCAUUGUGUGCCCCGACUGAAACUAUGAAGAGCCCAGACCCCCGACUGUUGGACCUUGUCAGUGGGGAGUUACUGGACUGCAGCCCGGCGCUGGGAUGGGGUGAGCUGGCUGGGCUCACCCAUGUCAAGACUGCCCUGGAAGAGGAUCUUCUGUGGCCCGUGUUGAGGCCCAGUCCAGUGGUGCGGCCCCCAAGAACCGUCCUGCUGUUUGGCCCCCGGGGGGGGGGUAAGACGACGUUGACUCGUUCUUUGGCUUCACAGCUUGGGGCUUCCUUCUAUCGGCUGAGUGGAGCCAUGCUGGCCUCUAAAGGGAAGGCUGAGGCAGAGCACAUUCUGGGGUGUCUUUUGCAAGUAGCAGGGGCACGACAGCCCUCAGUGGUGCUGCUUAGCCAGGUGGAGGCCAUGGAAGAGGAGGGUCUGAGGCAGACACUGCUGACCACCCUGGAAAAAGCCCAGGUGGGGACCCCAGGUCUGGUGAUCCUUGUAUGUGCCACUGGCAGACCAGAUCUUCUGCAAGAUGCAGUUCAUCGGAGCUUUGCCAAGCGGUAUCACGUCGGCCUGCCAGAUGUGGGUAUGCGCAGGCAGGUGCUGCUGCAGACCCUGUCGCCCCAAGGCUGCAGCCUGAGUGAGAGGGAGCUGAGUGCCGUGCUGCAGCGCACAGAGGGCUUUUCAGUGUGGGAGCUGCUUCAGCUCAGCCAGCAGGCACUCUCCUCAGCAUCCUCCCCUACUGGGGCCAUGCAUGGGCACCCCACAUCCUCCAAACCCCCAUCCUUCACAGACUUUGAGAAUGCCUUCUGCAAGGUGCGCCCACACACCACCACAAAAGAACUGGACACUUGUAUAGAGUGGAGCAAGAUGUAUAACCACUGAGAAAGCAGCCAGUCACUGUACUCGGACUGCAUUACGACCCUGUCUCUGCUUUGACAUGGCAAGCCUUGGGAAUGUUUUGUUGUUGUUUUGUAAUUACAGAUUAUGCAGCCAAAAGAGCCAGAGAAGCUCAACGAUACGGGAGAGCUGACAAAGUUGUUUUACUGGCAGAAGCAUGCCAUGGUGUGCUGUUUUUGUUUUCGUAUGAAUAUCCGCAAUAUUUUAUUUUUCCCAAAGAAAAGAAAGAUGAAUAGGCCUUGUUGAGUGGGGUAGUGUAUUAGUCUUUUGGCCAAUGGGAAAAUCAGAUUAUAUACUAUUUGGAUACUCUCAGAGAUCCUGAUUAGCCUUGGUCCAGGACAAAAUCAAUUAUUUGUUGCUAGGUGACGUGGUCCAAGAUUAUGGAUAAUCAGGGUUUGGAAAAUCCCCCCUUUGACUGCUACUCUCAGGAUCCUAUUUAUUCCCAGUCCACUUCCAUGUUAUCCUAAUGUUGAUUUAGUCACUGGAUUGUCACUAAUUAUUCAGUACGAAGGGCUUGGGAUCAGCAACAUUUCACCAAACCACAGUUUUUGACCAAAAACACGUCAAACCAAAUGCAAGAAGAAGACUGCUCCUCAAAAUCACAGUUAAUGAAUCCUUCUCGAAAGCUUCUCACCAAAUCAAAACAGUUAGUCCUUAUUGUUCCAAAAAGAAAGAAAAUGAGAUGAUCUUUUAUUAAAUCCAGACAUGCAGCUGUCCUUCCCAAGAGUUCAGUUGUUCAAGUAAAACCUUGUAGUUACACUGUUUGGUUGUAGAAAUACUUCACAUGUAUUAGAUUUAAGUCACCAAUAGUAUUAUAAUCACACUUAAAUGGUACAACUCACAGACAACUUAUUAUUUUACUAUUUUUUGGGUUGUUGUCCUUAACUUCCACAUACAUUUGUUCUCAACCUCACAUUCCUCAUUGUCUGCAGUUUUCCUGAGAAUCCCACCUAACAGAACAAAACGUACCCACCUGCACACCCAGCUUCUCUGUUUUCUAUUUCACUUACUCCUUUUGUUUUCUUAGUAUGUAGUCUUGUUUGAAAUGCUCAGGAAGAAUUUCUUUACCUCAGAAAUAUGAAAUUAAAGAAUGUAUGUAAUCUUAGGGUCUUAGUAGAGAGUGGCGCGGAGUGAGAUAAAGCAGCGAGGAGAAACCUGACAGUCUUGUAACACCCACUACAGCUGGGCUUUUACCUCGGGAGAGAAACUUGAAUAUGCUACAAAGAGUAACAUUGAAUGUAAUUCAGGUAUUUCAAAGGAUAUUUGAUGCCAUAAAUCCAUGUAUUAUUAUAUAUGAAUAUAUAAAUACGUUUUCUUUUCUGUUCUUUUACCCUUUAUUUUUAUUGUAGUUUAUGGUGGAGUGAUGAUUGUCUUCAAGAAAUGCUAUGUAGAAUACAGAAAAUAUUCCUUUUUUUGUUGGACAAACUGCAAAUAUCCGUGUUAUUUAGUGUUUACAUAUCCUGUAUAUGCAUGUCUGCAAAAUGUCAUUUAAAAAUGUAAAUAUAAUGCACACAAUCAUACAGAGCACAAAAUACCUUCCAAAACUACCACAAACAAAAACACAGAUGCAAAUAAAAAAAAAACGAUUAAAGUCGUUAUAUGUAGCUUUCAGCAAAUCCCAAAGUCUAAAAAUUUGCAGUUAAUGUGUACAUAUUGUGGAUGAACCCAACAUGUAGACAAUCCAGAAAAUAAAUCUCUCUUUUUCCACUAGUCCUAUAGUUCUGUUUUAAGAAGCUGGAAAAACCUGGUCACUGGACCGCAGGUACAGAGGUCGUACGUAUUAGACUGUUGCCAUGGUCCUGAGGAGGUACACACAGGAUGAUGUAAUAUUUCCUACCGCCCAUUCCUCCCUCUGUCUCCCCCUCCCUCCUUCCCUCAUCAUUAUUUUUCUCUUUUUCUCUCUCCCUAGUGCAAUCUCAUUAGAUUGGAUUGCCCCCUGGCCACGAGCCCCAGUGGCCAUGUGGCGUUGUAUCCUCUCCCCAACCCCAGCUCCCCCUCACCCUUCCCUUAUACCGAUUCCUCUGGAGUGGAAGUGGUCUGAUUGAUGUCCAGCAACUCUAUAUCACAGUGCAGCCGUCCCUCUCCAGCUGGUGGCUUCAGUCAUGCCAUACAGCCAGAUCAAUCAGAGUGACCCCCACUGUGCAUACUGAUCACUGUCUCAGAAACUGAAAACACAUUUAUAAAUUACAAAACAACCCCUGCCUCAAGCGGCACGGUCCAGAUAAUGCUAGCGAUUAUUCACAGGUAAUUACAGAAAUGAAUGAAUAGCUACAUCAUUUUGAUUUGCUCUUCCCACUGCUCUCAAGAGUUUGUCCAACAAAACAAGCUUUUAUUUUUUACAUGUUUUGAUCUGUUAUUGCGGUAACUUUGUUCUUGGUUAUUGUACAUUUUCUGUAACCAUUUCUACCUCAUUUUUGCGGCAUAUUGUACAUGAAAGUAUUUAUUUCAUGUCUUUUUUGAUGUCUGUUUUAAAAAUGAUUAUAAUGUUCUUGAACUGUAAUGGUCUACCUCAGAAAAGACUGUAUUUUAAGAGAAGAGUAUCACACAAUAUUAAACAGAAUUUGUCAAUAUUG